AUGGGCGAGACGGCCAUGGCCGGGUACGGGCUGGACAGGCCGCCGCGGUGCAGCGUCAGCUUCGACACGCCGUGCGGCGCCCUGCUGCGCGAGCUCGAGCAAAUAUGGACAGAGAUCGGGGAGCGCGAACAAGAUAAAGAUCGGAUGUUCCAGGAACUCGAGGCAGAGUGUAUGCGUGUGUAUCGUCGGAAGGUCGACAGUGCUAAUGCGGAUAGAAGCCAGCUCCGCCAGUCAGUGAUGGCCAAAGAAGCAGAGCUUAAAGCUUUAGUGGCUUCGAUAGGUGAAAAUACUACACAAUUUAAGGUGAAUGAAAAGCAUGCAUCGUUGAAAGAACAACUUGCUGCAGUGACGCCUCUCUUGGAUGAUCUUAGGGCCAUGAAAGAAGAAAGAAUCAAACAGUUCUCAAAUGUGCAAUCGCAAAUCGAGACGAUAAAUGCACAAAUUUCUGAUCACAAUUAUCAGCAUGAUGAUGGUUCGUCCAAACGUCUGAACAAUGAUCAUGACUUGUCAACCAGAAGACUUGCUGAUCUUCAAAUGCAGCUACGCAAUUUACAAAAAGAGAAGUCUGAUCGCCUUCAGAAAGUAUUUGUAUAUGUGGAUGAAGUGCACUGCCUAUGCGCUGUGCUUGGGAUGGAUUUUGCAAAGACGGUAAAGGAUGUGCAUCCAAGUUUGCAUGGAACCAACUCAGAUAAUUCGACGAAUAUCAGUGAUAGCACCCUUGAAGGUCUUACUCAGACUAUCCUGAAGCUCAAAGCAGAAAAAAGGACCAGAGUCUCAAAGUUGCAAGAAACUGUGGGGAAACUCCACAAGCUAUGGAAUCUGAUGGAGUCAACAGAACAAGAGAGGAGACAUUUCAGCGAAGUAGCCGCUGUUCUUGGAUCUUCUGAGGAAGAGAUCACUUCUCCUAGUGUCCUGUCACUGGAAACGAUUCAGGAGACAGAAGAGGAAGUCGAAAGACUAACUAAGCAAAAAGCGAGUAGAAUGAAGGAGCUUGUUCUUAAGAGAAGGGUAGAGCUAGAAAAUAUCUGCAGAAAUGCACAUAUGGAGCCUGAUACGAGCACAGCACCAGAGAAGAUUGUUGCUCUAAUUGAUUCUGGUCUAGUGGAUCCUUGCGAACUUCUUUCCAACAUCGAAGCUCAAAUUGCAAAAGCAAAUGAGGAAUCUUAUACGAGGAAAGAUAUCAUGGAGAGAGUAGACAAAUGGCUAUCGGCCUGUGAUGAAGAGACUUGGCUUGAGGAAUACAACCAGGAUGAUAACAGGUACAGUGCGGGCAGGGGUGCCCAUUUGAAUCUCAAGCGUGCAGAGAAAGCGAGGGUGCUCGUUCAAAAGAUUCCAACUAUGAUUGACAACUUGAUAGACAAGACAUUUGCCUGGGAGGAUGAAAGCAAUACACCAUUUCUAUAUGACGGGGUUCGUCUGGUCGCCAUUUUGGAAGAGCAAAAACUCAGAAGAGUACAGAAGGAGGAAGAUAAGAAACGAUACUGGGACCAGAAGAAGCUGCAGAAUCUAUUGCUUAAAGAGAAGGAGCUGAUCUUUGGGUCCAAGUCUGUUCCGAGGAAAACAAGCAGUUUUAACAGGAGGACGAGUGGGCAUCACCCAAAUGGGAAUGGGGCUGGUUUCAUGACUCCGAUGCCCCGCCGGGUGUCGGCAGGCAGUGCCACACCCGAGCUUUUGACACCACGAUCGUACUCUGGCCGGUACAACAAUUACUUCAAGGAGAACAGGAGGAUGACGGCGGUGCCACUCAACUUCUCGACAGCUUCCAAGGAUGAUAGCAUGUCAUCAUUCGCCUCCAUCAGCGGCUCGGAGCCUGGUUCUCCAUUAGUUUUGCACUGGGAAGAAGACUUUCUUGGCGGUGAGGGUUGCGGUGAAGGCUACCGUCAAGAUUGGGCAAUUGUGUGCUAG